UGAUCGUUCAUGCUAUAUAAAUACUGUAACGGUUUUUGGUCGAGGAAGCUACAGUGCAACUUCCUUGACGCGUUUACUUCAUCUUUGAUGACGAGAAUCGAAUCGUCGCUAUAAAACCUGUACAUGUUCCUUCUCUAAGCCCAGAGCAAAACCCUCUCUUCCUUUCUGUUUUUUUUUUUCCUCUUACUGCAUGUCUCUCAGGUCGCGAAAACCGAGCGAAUUCCCCUCCAUGCUCCUCCAAGAAGACCCUCCGCCGCCAGCUUCGAAGCACUACAGACGAAGGUGGCGGGUAGCGGUUACGGCCAUAACCGUGACUAGGUUUCUCGUUGGCUUGACUAAGAAAGUUGUGGAAAAAAAUGCCGAGCUUUUGCGAUCCCUCUCUUUCGUUACCAUCGACAUUGAAGGAAGUGGCGACGAACUUGUGCCUAUCCUCGACGUCGAUCCUCAGGGUCUUGCCAAGAUGGUGAAAGAGAAGAGCUUGCAGAGUUUGACUGAUCAGUAUGGAGGAGUUAAGCAGGUUGCCACGCUCCUUCAAAGUGAUUUGAAGAAGGGAAUAAAUGGUGAGGAGAUCGACCUUGUGCUUCGAACUAAAGUUUUUGGUGCAAAUAAGUACCAGAAACAACCUGCGAAAAGCUUCUUUAGCUUUGUUCUGGAAGCAGUCAAAGAUACAAUCAUUAUCAUACUUUUGGUCUGUGCUGUCCUCUCUCUAGCCUUUGGAAUCAAACGGCAUGGCCCGAAAGAGGGGUGGUAUGAUGGUGGGAGCAUCAUUGUAGCUGUCUUCCUGGUUGUCGUCGUCUCUGCUGUGAGUAAUUACAGGCAGAGUAAACAGUUUGAAGAGCUCUCUCAUGAAAGCAGUGACAUUCGUGUGCAAGUGGUGAGAGACGGGAGACACCAUCCUGUAUCAAUCUUUAAACUUGUGGUGGGCGAUCUCGUGUCUUUGAAGAUUGGUGAUCAGAUUCCAGCUGAUGGUUUGUUUGUUGAGGGCCAUUCGUUGAAGGUUGAUGAGUCCAGUAUGACAGGAGAAAGUGAUCAUGUUGAGGUUAAUGAGAAGAACCCCUUUUUGCUUUCGGGUACGAAGGUGACCGAUGGCUAUGGCUACAUGUUAGUCACUUCUGUUGGCAUGAACACAGCAUGGGGUGAGAUGAUGAGUUCUAUACGGCGUGACUUGAAUGAGGAGACCCCAUUGCAAGCCCGCCUCAGCAAGCUGACUACUUAUAUUGGGAACAUUGGAUUGUCUGUGGCAAUACUUGUUCUUUUGGUUUUGCUUAUCCGUUACUUUACAGGACACACCAAAGAUGAGAAUGGGAAAAGCCAAUACAAUGGAAGCAAGACCAAGUUUGAUGAUGUGAUGGACUCAGUUGUUGGUAUCGUUGCAGCAGCAGUCACGAUUGUAGUUGUGGCAAUUCCAGAAGGUUUGCCCCUUGCUGUCACUCUAACACUGGCUUAUUCGAUGAAGCGGAUGAUGAGGGAUAAUGCCAUGGUUCGGAAACUCUCUGCUUGUGAGACCAUGGGCUCAGCCACCAUAAUCUGCACUGAUAAGACUGGCACCCUUACAUUAAACGAGAUGAAGGUUACGGAGUUUUUGCUUGGCAAAGAAUCUAUCGAUAAUUCUCCGAGCUCAGAAAUAGCAGCUAACAUCCUCCAAUUACUAAGUGAAGGGGUUGGCUUAAACACCACUGGCACUGUUUAUAAACCUAAUUCCACAUCAGUUCCUGAAAUUUAUGCUAGUCCAACUGAGAAAGCAAUACUUUCCUGGGCUGUGAUGGAUUUGGGCUUGAAUAUUGACGAACCAAAACAAAGUUGUGAACAUAUCCAUGUUGAGGCCUUCAAUUCAGAGAAAAAAAGAAGCGGAGUUCUAAUAAGGAGAAGCAAUGACAGAGUGCUAGCAACUCACUGGAAGGGAGCUGCUGAAAUGAUACUAGCCAUGUGUUCAUAUUAUUAUGACAAAAAUGGGAUAUCAAAUUCCAUGAAUGAUGAAGAAAGGAUGCAGAUUGGAAAGGUUAUUGAGAGUAUGGCAGAUAAAAGCUUGAGGUGUAUUGCCUUUGCACACACAAAUGUUAUACAAGAAAAUGAACAGAUUUCUACAAAGCUUGAAGAAACAGGACUGACGUGGUUGGGGCUUGUUGGCCUGAAGGACCCAUGUCGGCCAGGUGUCAAAGAAGCAGUAGAAUCUUGCAAAAAAGCGGGAGUAAACAUCAAAAUGAUCACCGGAGACAACAUGCAUACAGCAAAGGCCAUAGCUUUUGAAUGUGGAAUUCUCGAUUCUCAUGACAAUUUGCACGAUGAAGCGGUAGUAGAAGGUGUACAAUUCAGAAAUUACUCACCUGAAGAAAGAAAGAAAAAGGUUGAAAAUAUCCUAGUAAUGGCAAGAUCAUCACCUUUUGACAAACUUCUAAUGGUACAGAGCUUGAAGAAGAAUGGCCAUGUGGUAGCAGUCACUGGAGAUGGUACCAAUGAUGCUCCUGCUUUAAAAGAAGCAGACAUUGGGCUUUCCAUGGGUAUUCAAGGAACUGAAGUGGCAAAAGAGAGCUCAGAUAUUGUCAUUUUGGAUGAUAACUUCACCUCUGUGGCAACAGUUUUGAGGUGGGGUCGAUGUGUCUACAACAACAUCCAAAAGUUUAUUCAAUUUCAGCUGACAGUGAAUGUUGCUGCCUUGGUCAUCAACUUUGUCGCUGCUGUCUCUUCUGGCGAAGUCCCACUAACUGCAGUCCAGCUAUUGUGGGUGAACCUCAUAAUGGACACUUUAGGCGCACUAGCCUUGGCCACUGAGCAACCUACCAAUGAUCUCUUGAAAAAGCCACCUGUGGGUAGAACUGAGCCACUUAUUACCAGAGUUAUGUGGAGGAACCUCAUUGCUCAAGCCCUUUAUCAGGUAGCUAUCUUACUGAUCUUACAAUUUAAAGGUAAAUCCAUUUUCGGUGUGGCUGAGAAGGUUAAAGAUACCCUGAUAUUCAAUACAUUUGUUCUCUGUCAAAUCUUUAAUGAGUUCAAUGCAAGGAAUCUGGAGAAGAAGAACAUAUUCAAGGGGAUACAAAGGAACAAGUUGUUUUUAGCUAUUAUUGGAAUUACCUUGGUUCUACAAGCAGUAAUGGUGGAGUUUCUGAAGAAGUUCGCCAAUACUGAGAGAUUGGAUUGGAAGCAAUGGGUGGUUUGCAUUGGCAUUGCUGCUGUCUCUUGGCCAAUUGGUUGGCUUGUUAAGUGCAUUCCCGUUGACGGCCAGCUUCCAAAGCAAAGGGCUUCUUCAUCAUAAAAUAUGGGGCAUUAUGAGAUUGUCUUCUUUUUUUUUUUUUUUGCUCUCUGGUUUGUUAAACUAACAAUUAAUUUUAGCUUCUUCAGUAGUCACAGAUAACUAGUCCUAGAGCAAUUUGUUUAACAGAACAUUCCAGCUAUGUCUUGUAUAUAUCUAGCUCCUAGUUAUCACAUCUUUUGGUUAUGAAUGGAAUUUUCUCCAGAA